AACGACGUAGAGAAGACCAGCUUGUUUUUACGUUGUUCGCUUUAAGGUUAAUUUGUGGAUAGCUGUUGCAAAGAUAUCUAUGCACAUAACAGUGAUUUAUCCCACAUGUUUACUUAAUUAGGCGUGAUUGGAGCCACAGCCAUCCAGAGACGAGAGCACAGGUCCUAACACAACGUAAACAUUCUAGCCGGGUCACUCGAUAGAAAUAAAAACAACUGCUGAUCAUUUCGUUAAAUGAGAAAUAUCGACGCUCCUUCCAGUUUCUCCGACGUCGAUGCAGAAGACAUCGAUAUUAUCAAGCCGUGUGAUGAGUUGUCUCCUCUAGUGACACCACAGGGCCUGUCGUAUGGACGGUCAGGCCAAGAGACGUGGUCAUGUGCGUGGGCCCCAGACAACUUGUACUUUGCCUGGUCUUGUGGUUCCCGCACAGUACAGCUUAUUCCCUGGGACAAAAACACAGGACAUCUGACUGAAGAAGCUAAAGAAUACAACAGUUCCUAUGAAAGGAGACAGAGAUGGGUAAAUGAGAUCAAUGGAGAUCAGCUCACCACACUACGAUUGAUCCAGAUGCUGAUGAAGGAGGAGGAAGAUGAUAACCAACACCUUAAACGAAAAAGAGUUACACGUACCAUUGACUGUGGGGGGUUUGUCACUGCUGUGGCUUUUGGUACGGGGACAUCUAAGGGUGGAUAUCACACCAUGUGGAAACGAUUCAAGUUUGAUGAUGUCAUGAUACUAGCUACAGGAUUACUGAAUGGAAAGAUUAAAACCUGGGACUGCGACACAGGUAAUCUGUUAAUGGAGCUGAUUGAUCACCGAGACUGUAUCAAGGAAAUCGACUUUGCCCCAGACAGAAGCUUGUUAUUUGUUUCUGCUUCUCGUGAUGGGACACUGAAAGUUUGGGAUCUCGAUGAUGAUGGAAAUAUGACGAAGACUUUGCGAGGAAAAGCAUCAGUGGCAAACUCAUGUAAAUGGUCUCCGGACUGUAAGAUGAUCGCCAGUGUAGGCAGUAGCAAGUCAGUGGCCUUGUUUGACAUGACAGACAGAAAUAGACACAUUCAGCUACAGGGUCACUACCAUGAAGUGUGUUCAUGUGACUUCUCCCCUGAUGGGGCCCUCUUAGCCACAGCUUCCUACGACACUCGUGUCAUCAUCUGGGACCCCUACACUGGGGAUGCUAUAUCUGAACUGGGACAUAUGUUCCCAGAACCCCGUCCAAUAUUUGCUGGUGGUGCUAAUGAACACUAUGUGAGGGACUUAAGUUUCUGUAAGAAUGGCCUACAACUGGCUACCAUCUGUGAUGAUGGGUACAUGAGAGUGUGGGACCUACAAGAUACUAGUAACCCUAAGGCCGUGGCUAACCAUAGCAACACCCUGUGUUGUAGUUUUUCUCCAAAUGGACACACCAUCGCUGUAGGUGACAGGGACGGAUGUGUAGGUUUCUACAGGACUCCUAACAAGGUAGCCAGUCUACAGCACCAGGCACGUCAGACCAUUCGUAGAAUCGUCCCGUCUAACAUUGUCGACCACAUCUUAAUGCCUUUACGUCUCAAGGAGUAUCUCAAAUACCAUACCAUCUAGGAUUCUGUGUACAUAUCUUACUCAGCUUUCAAUUAUUGUAUCAUUGAAACUGCACUGUCUUAAUUAAUUCCACCAAUAACACACUUUAAGACCAGUUUUAUUGCCAUACAUUUCCAUCAUGCCAGUGUGUUUUUCUACCCAGUUUUUUAAGCAGUCUGUACAUAAAUAGAUUGAAAAAAUGUAGUACUUCAUAAUAUUUUUUUGGGGAAAAUAUUUCUGAUUUUGCUUAAUUUUGGAAAGUAACACUCAUUUUUGGCCGAGAAGGAAACUAUUGAUAGCUGUAAAACAAGGCAGAAAUAUUGUGAGAUACAUUCAUUAUAUUUAUCAAUGUCAAAAGAACUUGUUGUCCAUUGUAAAAACUUUUUUCUAAGCAUUUAUCGCAAAUCCUGUUUUUGCAUAAUUUAACUUAAAGGAUCUGAUACUUGUGUGCCUGUAACAAUGUUGUGCAUGUUUGAAAACUUAAUAGCUUGAUACAAAGUGCUACCUGUACAGACAAGCCGUUCAGUUACAACAUUUUAUAAUUGUGUUUGCUUUUAUAAGCUUUAACUUUCGAUACAACAUGUGUACCUCAUGUAUUUUGACAUCAGAAAGAAAGGUGUGUGAUAAACAUUUGAUGCUCCCCUUUUUAAAUACAAAGUAAACUUGUGCUGUGGUGUAAUAAAUUAUCAAUCUUAAUUCAAACAAUUUAUAAAAAAUGGAAAAUCUAUUUAGGAUCAAGUACCUUUUAUCAUCCAAUUUAUUUUAACUUUCCCAAGGUUGGAAUUAGUUGUUUAGUAUAGAAAAGUCCGUAGUAGACAAUACAUACUAUACAUCAGUUCCUCUAACCUUUAUAUCAUAAACAUCAGAAAACAGUAUUCUUUCUAUAAACUUUAUAUAAACUGCAUUUUUAGGUAGAGGGUGAGCCUUGAAAAGUCUUUCUAAUUUCAUCAGAUAACAGUAUUCUCUCUAGUCUUUCUAAUUUUUGAUCAGAUAAUCUCUUGAUUUACAUUGUAUUGACACAAGUCCAUAACACCAUUUCCAGAGUUCGAAAUAUGAAAUCAUUGUGAUGACUUUAAUUGGAUCAUAUGUGUGACAAAUUCUGUGGCUAUGACAUUUGACUUAAUACUGUCACUUCUAUAUUAUACAGAAACAAUCAAACUUUAAAAACAGUAUUCAUAGGUGUACAUUUUGCUCUGAAAGUCUGUUGCUUUUAUGAACAUUGUCUUGACUUUUUGGUCUGCAUUUACCCUUUUCACUUUCAUUGUUAUUCAUUUGUUUUCAUUUUUGUUUGUUUGUUUUUUUUUUCUUUGUCAUUUGUAUGAGUUAUUUUUUUAAAUAUUCUUAUCUUACCUAGUUUCAAUUCCAAUAUAUUUAUCCAAAUUCUAUAGAACUGACUUGCGCUACCAGUGUUUAUGUCCAUUUGCUAUCACGACCUUCUUACCUAUCAGUCAACUUCAGACCUUGUAACCCACAAGAUACUGUGCAAUGUUUGAGGAGCUCGCAGCCCUGGUGUGUAAUUCCUUGGAAAGGUAACAAUAUAACAAAAACUAAACCCAUACCUGGUAAAAAAAGUCCACUCUUUGAAAUUGAUUCUGAUAAUACUCGUGACUUCCUUGUUGUUAGUGAUGUAACCAGAUGUUUUAGGUUUGUGCUUUUGUUUUGAAUCUUAUUAAGUUGUACCUUAUGUAUAUCUUGUAAAUUACAUUAUGUUUUUUAUGUUAAUUGUAUCUGGUCUCUAUUUCUAUCGAGUCAAUUAAAUUCCAUGUAGCCGUAAAUGUUGAGUAGCUAUAUACAUUGGUAUCAGAUUGUUACACAAAUAUGUCAUAAGCAAUAUUAAUAUUAUUGUGAUUCAUCUUUAUUAUUAUAUCAUACUUUCUUAGUGGUGAACCAUAACUUUUCCAUUAGUGCUUAACUCAAUCUUAAACUAUUGCUAAAUACAAUGAAAUUUUUUCAGUUUUAAUUUGUAACAUCACUGAACAUUAUCUUUAAGAUAUUCCAAAAUAUAAUGCCAAAAAUUUCAUUAGAAAGCAGGUGGUAUACUAGCAAGGUUUUACCAAUAGUAGUCGACACUAAAAACUACUUCCAGCAUAUACUAAACAGUUGAUCACUGCAACUGGAAAGAAGGCAGAAGGUGAUGGUAAAAAGAAAUGAUGGGUUAUUUUUUAAUGCAUGACUUUCGCAUUGAACCGAUUCCAUUGAACAUAUCAAUUGCCAAACACCUUAUUUACACUAUGUUGUCGGUAACAGAAUUAUUUUACACCUUGCUUCGUUGUGAUAUUUCCGACAUACCCAUUCUUAGAUCUUCUGUUGGUAACACUUUUUUUACACCUUGCUUCUGUGCGAUAUUUCUAAGGUACCCAUCAGUAAAUCUUGGUAGAGGGUCUGUACAUUUUGGUUACCAGACAGAGUAAUAAAUAACCGUUAUCUUGUACUUGUCAAACCUUCACUAAACCUCCAUUGUGUUUCAUUGAUGACUGAUGUACAUAGUGUGUGAUUACUCCAAUCUUUCCCAGGUCGCAUGUUGCCGUUCUAUUUGUUAUGAACCGUACUUCCAACAGAACACACCAUUUCAUUAUAACACCAGUAGUGCUGUAUCAUGUCCCCCUUUUGAUAUUCAAAAUUAAGCAACACUUGUUUUACAACCAUGCUGUUGUGUUAUCUAUGUAAAAAUGAAUAUUUGACUUCAUUGAAUAGUCCAGUGUGCUACCACAUACAUUUGGCUGGUGGUAAGUGUUAUGUAAGGAAGUAUGCAAUGCUAAGGAAAAUAUUUUUUCAAUGAUUUCAUUGAUAUUUUUGGUAAACAGAAUUCAAUUUCAAAAAACAAAAAAGUAUUGUUGUCCAGUUGUCAAAUUCUAUGAAGAUGUAAAAAUUAAUAUAUGCUUUUGGUUUUAAAUUGUUGCACAUUCUUGUAAAUUUUAUUUUCUGAAUUACUUUGUCUCAAUUUCUUUUGAAGACUACUUUCUUUUCCUUGGUAUUCAGAACAGCAGUCAAAUUAUGAUUCUGUUGAUAAUGAUAAUAACUGUUGUAUUCAAGAAAAACAAAAGCUAAACAUAACUGAAAUUCUGAUGUAUGUAAGAAACACAAGGGACUCUUAAUUCACUAGUUAAAUCAAUCAGGAAAUGUUCUCCCAAUAACACAAUUAGCUUUUAUCAUCAGGUCCAGUUACACCCUGUAUAUAUCCACUUUGUUAUACAAUGCUGGCAUCACAAUAUACUGUAUUAUUAUACACAUGUACAACAGUUGUUUAAAUAAAAGUUAAAACUGAAUGAAA